UGGAAAAAUUGAAUCCAGAAAAACGCACAAAACGCACAAAACGCAUCCAGUUUUGAGGUUUUAUUCAAUCAAUCAAUCAGUGCACAAGAGAAGAAAACCAUCGCAACGACGCGUUUUGCAUCCCCUUUGAAUUCCGCUGAAAAUUUUUCCCCAUCUUAUCUCCACGGUGGUGCAUGUUUUCCCGUGUCGUUUUGGUUAAAAUCAGAAUAUAAAAUCAAUGGAAGAGAUUGGAAUGGACCCAAGUGCAGCCAAUCCUGGACCAAUUGAUCGUUCAGUACUGUAUGAUCAAGAAAAGCAUGUAUCUUCAGCUGUUUGGGAUGGCCAGGAGCGUGGUGCACUUAGAUGUCAUGAGCAUACAUCGAAGUUGGGUGAGUGGAGACUUGCCCCUAAACAGAUUGAGUUGGUUGAGAAAGCAGGAUUUGGGUACUUGAGGAAGAUACCUGCCAUUAGUUUAGAUAAUCCGCUCAUUUCAGCAUUAGUUGAGAGGUGGAGGAGAGAGACAAAUACAUUUCACUUCACUGUUGGAGAAAUGACUGUAACUCUUCAAGAUGUUGCCUUCUUGUUGGGAUUGGCAAUUGAUGGGAAGCCUGUGAUUGGAUUAACAUAUACCACUUGUAGCACAGUGUGUGAAAAGUAUCUAGGGAAAGCACCAGAUUCUACUUAUGCGAGUGGUGGGAUGGUGAAGCUAAGUUGGUUGAAAGAGUUUUUUUCUCAAUGCCCUGAAGAUGCAUCAAUUGAACAGAUUGAGCACCACACACGUGCCUACCUUUUAUAUCUUGUGGGAAGCACUAUAUUUUCGACUACAACAGGGAAUAAGGUCCCUGUCAUGUACCUUCCAUUGUUUGAGAAUUUUGACGAUGCUGGGAGAUAUGCAUGGGGUGCAGCUGCAUUAGCAUUCUUGUAUAGGGCACUUGGGAAUGCCUCUGUUAAAUCUCAAAGCACCAUUUGUGGAUGUUUGACACUACUUCAGUGCUGGAGUUACUAUCAUCUAAAUAUUGGUCGACCAAAGCUCAACAGGGACCCUAUCCACGAUCAUUUUCCUUUUGUACUUAGGUGGAAGGGAAAGCAGAGUGGUCCAACAACAAACCGUGAUGUAGUUUUCUACCGUAAGGCACUUGACUCCCUAGAACCAUGUGAUGUAGAGUGGCUUCCUUACAAAUACAUGGAUAGUACAGUAAUCCCAGAGGAAAUUAGAAGUACAUUGGUUUUGGGGCGGUCCAAAACAAUGUUGAUUUGCUUUGACAAGGCAGAAAGACAUCUCCCUAAUCGUGUCCUAAGGCAAUAUGGCAUUCUUCAAUCGAUCCCAGAAGAUGUGGCACAAUGGGUAAGAAAGAGCCGUGGAGUUGAUGGUGGGGUGGACUUGUCUGGGAAAAUGGAAUCAGAACUUAAUGAAUGGGCAGAUCGUGCACUCCAUAUUGUGGAAAGUGACGAUGAUGCAGAUGAAAACGAAUACAUGGGUUGGUACUCGAGAAUUACUCGUAAAUUUGUAGGGAGACCUAUUUCUCUCUCUUCGGAGUUUCAAAGAACAAUUGGUGGUGUGAGGGAAAUUUCAUACUUAGCUGACACUUUCCCAUUGAAAGGACUGCAGCCUGAGCAAUUUGAAUCAAUUACCAGGAUUAGGUCGAUUGCACAAGAAUGCUUGAGAGAUCAAGUUGGAUGUCCAACUGUAGUGUCACCCGUUGUGGGAACUGAACUUGGGAAAAGGACUAGGGGAAAGGAGAGGGUAAGAAGAAAGGGUACUGGGAAACGGAAGCGUAGUAACGAUCCCAUGGAAGGUCAUGGAGCUAGUGAGGAUGAGUCUCCGUAUUGCGGCGGGGUUGUUGUGGUAGAUCAAUUGCAUCUACAUCAUGUAGACGAUGAGGUAGAUCAUCUGCCACUCUGUGCUACAGUUGUUGAGGGUGAAACUGCACUGCUAUUGGAGGCACCUAACAAAGUUGAUGACAUGCAACUUCAUGAUACAACUGACGGGAUUGAUGCCUCAGAGUUUUGUGAUGCUAAUAAUGAGGUUGACAACUCAGAUAUCCCUCAUGCUAUUAGUGAAAGUGAUUUGCAAACUGCCAAAACAGCAGAGGAGGUUAUUCCUCAGUCAUCUGAUCUACCUGAUACGACCAAUGAUACCAAUGAUUCAGAAAUUCAUAAUACAACUAACAAGCCAAAUGACUCACAAGUUUGUAAUGCUACUAGUGGGGUCAAUGACGCCCACGCCCAAAAUCCGGUGGCUACCGAUGUUAAUGAAUCACAAACUCAUGAUGCUACUGACAAGACCAGUGAGUCACAACCCUCCGAUGUUGCUGUUCAGAGUGAUCAGCAAAUGGUAAAAGAGGAAGCAGAGGUUGUUCCACUGUUAUCUGAGGAUCUUGCACAGCAGGGUGAUACUAGUGUUGUAGCUUAAAGUGGACGCAUUUUUGUGUGAAUUUCUGGAGGCUGCCAAAGAUGAACUGGUCUCAGCCUUCUAUUUUUGGCAAGGACAAUUGGUUGCUCAAGAAACAAAAUUUAUCAUGUAAUGCAAAUAGUUCAAAGUGCCUGGUCUGUUUUAAGGGCAUAUUCUGUGGCUUGUAGAAUUAGCACUGAUUAACAGAAAUUUAAUUUAUUUUUGAUUUUAGAUGACAGGUUUGUAGGAUUGUUUUAUUUAGAAUUAACUUGUUUUCUUCUGCAAUUUGCCAUAUUCUUGCAGCUUAAUGCAAAUUGCAUGGCAUGUUCAUUUUUAUUUCUACUAAUAAUGUAUAGGGUGUUUA